AUGAGCUACUCUCUGGGAGAAAUCAUUCCCAGUAACAAGCUUGUCAGGAAAAUACUUAGUGUAUUACCUGUUUCCUGGGAAAGCAAGAACAAGGACAAUGAGAGAAGAGAUCCCAAAAGGGAGAAGAACCUAGUCCGCAAGAAAGACAACAAUGACUCAAGUGGUGAGGAUGCUGAUAUGGCCUAUCUGACAAAGAGAUUUCAGAAAAUGGUUCAUAGAAAUGGAGAUUACGAAAAUAAAUUCAAGAGAAAAGAUGGCGUUGACAAUAUUAUGAAACAAGCUCUUGAUUCAUGGGGAGACUCCUCCAGCAAAUCUGGAGAGGGUGAUGAUCAAGGAGACAACUCUAUGAUGGCAGUAGAAAGUGAUGCAGCUGAAUAUGAUUCCAUCUUUGCUCUACCGGCAAAAUCAGAUGAGGAUGAGGAAGAUGACGUUAAUGAUGAGGUCUUUGAUACAAGACCUAGUUGUGCUAAGGUCAAGGUGGAAGUAAAUCUACUUGCUACACUGCCACAAAGAAUCAAGAUUAUUGAAGAAGCUGAUGAAACUGGACCUGAGGAGUCUAAAUGGAUCAAGAUAAAGUAUGAUUACAUGCCUAAGUACUGCAAGACAUGUAAUAAACAAGGUCAAAAUGGGGGUGAAUGCUUGGUAAUUCAUCCAGAAUUGCACAAAAAAUUUAAUGAGGAAGGUGAUGAUCAAGGUAAGGAAAAGGAAGUGGUGGCGCGUAGUGAUGUAAUUAGGACUGCUACUAACACUUCUAAGGUGUUGUCGAGUGGAAAAGUAUUGGGGAAACAUAUCCCUAACCCAGCAAAGCAAGAAUGGAUGCAAAGAAGGAAUAAUAGAUUCCAUAGAGACAAAAAUGGCCACAUUAUUGAAGCUGCUAGUCAGAACGAAGGUGACAAAUUAAAAGGGAAAGCCAAAGAAUAUGAAAUUGUUACAAAGAACUCUUUUGAUGGUUUGGAGGUUGAAGAAUCAGACAAGACAAUUUUGAGAAUCACUGAAGGCAAGGGUGAAGAAAAUAGCAAGGACAAAAGCCAAGAAAAAGGCAAGGAUCAAGCUAAAAAGGGGAAGGAGAAGGAGAAUUUGAAUAAUUCCGAAAAUCCUAAUCAUACUUCUAAUGGAAGUGGGAGUAGGGAAGCUGGGAAGGAAGGAAUCCCAAAUCCUAAGGGAGAAGGGAUUAAUAAACUCCAAGAUCUAAUUCAUGUGAAGAAAGAAGCCGUGGAAAAGGUUCUUGAAAAGGAAAAGAGUGGGAAUCAUUCUCCUACUCCUACUGGGAAAGGAACUAAGGCAGCUAUAAAUGGAGUUGGAGAUGGAUGUAUUAAUAUUUUCGAUGGGUCAUCCCCUGGCCUACUGGCAAUGGGGGGAAUUGAAGAGGAUGUUAAUAUGAAGUUUAGGGAUGAUACAAUGGAGUCAUACCAAAAAAUAGGCAAAGGUAAGGGUAGUGAUCCUAAUGGAACAGUGUUUUCUGCGCAGACUACUACAGUGUUUCCUGAACUUGGCAGUGUUUAUGAAUUGCAAUUCAAAAUAAUGCAGGCUAUUGUUUCUUCUAUGGAGCAGAACAAGGGGAAUGAACAUGCAAAGGAACAAUUUGAACAAGCAAUUGUACCAAGAUCAGCUGAGGAAGUAAAAGCAGUUCCAAUGGCUUGUGAAUCUGGCACUGAUCAGAUCAUUCAGUUGCAACUUAAUGUUUCAUUGAAGACUCCGUUCUAG